CGGGGAAAAGGGCCGAGGCGCAAACGGACACGUGGCGGAACCAGGCGGCAUCCCUUUCGGCCUGGAGCUCUGCUUUUGAAGGGGGCCGUGAGACAGGCUCUGCGCAGAGGCUGCUCUCGCGUGACGCUUGCCAUUAGGCAGCCUUCUCUCUCUCUCUCUCUCUCUCUCUCUCUCUCCCUCCCUCCCCCCCCCCCUCCCUCGCAUCGCUCCUUCCCCGUGUCCGUCUGUCCGUCCGUGGGCGAGGCACCUGCGUGGCCAUGAGUUGAGGCUGCCCUGGCCCCGCCAGCCCGGGGAUAGCGCCAUGCGGAAGGGGGCCUGGGCCGGGCUGCUGCUGCUGUUGCUGGCCCUGGAUGGGGGGCGCGCGGGGGACGGCGGCCGCGAGAGCCCCGCCGAGUUCGAUCGCCUUUACGCCGGCGCCGUCGGCCGGGCCGCCGAGCAGCUCUACGCCUUCAACUACAGCGCCCUCCCCGGCCAGGUGGAUGCCAUCCGGGUUAAUGUAAAGAGUGAUUCUGAAGAUCUGCAAUAUCCGGUCUUGUUUGUAGUUCGGCAGCAGAAGGGAGUUCUGUCCUGGCAGGUCCCACUGGUAUUUCGUGGCCUUUACCAAAGAAGUUAUAAUUACGCAGAAGUAAGCCGUACACUUUGCCCAUCAGAGCCCACAGCUGAGAACAGGCCUUCGGAGCAGAUCUUAUAUGUAGAUGUAGCUUCUAUGGCCCCCUAUAAUGCUCACUAUGUACUGCAAGUCACCAGGAUCAAGAACUUCCAGCUUGGAACAAAUAAUGCAUUUACAUUCAGUGCCAGCCCUUCACAACCACAAUAUUUUUUGUACCACUUCCCUCCAGACGUGGAUUCUGUCAUUGUAAAAGUGAGGUCUGAGAUGGUUUACCCCUGCUCUGUUGUUUCCAUUCAAGAUACUGUGUGUCCAGUUUAUGAUUUGGACCAUAAUGUGGAAUUUAAUGGAGUUUACCAGUCCAUGACAAAACAGGCAGCCAUCACAGUACAGAAAAAGGACUUCCAAGGCAAGCAGUUCUUUGUUGUGUUUGUUAUAAAGCCAGAAGAUUAUGCCUGUGGGGGAUCAAUGCCAUCCUCUAUUAAAGGAAAAGCUAAUCAUACAUGGAACCUCCAGAGGAUGAAGACCCUUGAAGUGACUAUUGUUCCUUCAGUGAAAGGUUCUGUGUAUGUGCACGCCAUCCUUUUCAGCUUUCUAAGCUUCUUCUCCUUUUAUCUGGGUGCACUGCUAGUUGCAUUUGUGCAAUACUGCAGAAUUUAUAGGACGACUUCAACCAGAGGGCACAGUCCUGAUGAUGGGUCUGGGACAGUGGCUGCCUCUCAUCCCAUCGCUACCAGCACUCCAGAAGGAAGCAGCUAUGGAGCUAUUGAUGAGUCAGGCUCCAGUGGUGGACAGCAAUUAUCAUCUCUGGAUCGUAGACCUCCUUGUGACUUGGACACAGACAGCUCUGUGGAAGAGGAAAGUGAUUUUGAUACCAUGCCUGAAAUUGAAAGUGACAAGAAUGUCAUCCGCACUAAGAUGUUCCUCUAUCUUUCUGAUUUGUCCAGGAAGGAUCGAAGAAUUGUCAGUAAAAAAUACAAAAUCUAUUUCUGGAACAUUAUCACAAUUGCUGUUUUCUAUGCCCUGCCUGUAAUCCAGUUGGUGAUCACAUACCAGACGGUGGUGAAUGUGACAGGAAAUCAGGACAUCUGCUAUUAUAAUUUCCUCUGUGCUCAUCCAUUGGGAGUCUUGAGUGCUUUCAACAAUAUCCUCAGCAACGUGGGCCACUUCCUUCUGGGCUUCCUUUUCCUGUUGAUUGUCUUACGCCGAGACAUCCUCCAUAGGCGAUCCUUGGAAACCAAAGACAUCUAUACAAUGGAUUAUGGGAUCCCCAAGCACUUUGGCCUCUUCUAUGCCAUGGGAAUUGCUUUGAUGAUGGAAGGUGUCCUGAGCGCUUGCUAUCAUGUUUGCCCCAACUAUUCUAAUUUCCAGUUUGACACCUCCUUCAUGUACAUGAUUGCAGGGUUGUGUAUGUUAAAGCUCUACCAGACGCGCCACCCUGACAUCAACGCCAGCGCCUACUCAGCCUAUGCCUCUUUUGCAGUGGUCAUUUGUCUUGCUGUCCUUGGAGUGGUUUUUGGGAAAAGUUCUGUGUGGUUUUGGGUCCUCUUCUCAGUCAUCCAUGUUGUUGCCUCACUUGGUCUCAGCACCCAGAUUUACUACAUGGGUCGGUUCAAGAUAGAUGUCUCUGAUCCAGGGGCCAUUUCUCCAUACCUGAUAGUCUCCUUUGACUUGCUUCAAGAGGCGAAAUCCAUAAUGGGGUUUUCGGACACUGGGAUUUUCCGACGUGCCAUGAUGGUGUUGUACACAGAUUGCAUCCAGCAGUGCAGCCGGCCAAUGUACAUGGACAGAAUGGUACUGCUUGUUGUUGGGAACCUGGUGAACUGGUCCUUUGCCAUUUUUGGACUGGUGUAUCGACCAAAGGACUUUGCCUCCUACUUGCUUGGCAUCUUUAUCUGUAAUCUUCUGUUGUAUCUUGCCUUUUAUGUUAUCAUGAAGCUCCGCAGCUCAGAAAGGCUCCUGCCCCUUCCUCUGUUCUGCAUUGUGGCUACUGCUGUGGUUUGGGCUGCAGCCCUUUACUUCUUCUUCCAAAACCUGAGCAGCUGGGAGGAAACCCCAGCAGAAUCCCGAGAGAAAAACCGUCCCUGUCUCCUUCUGGGAUUCUUUGAUGACCAUGACGUCUGGCAUUUCCUCUCAGCAGCUGCCCUGUUCUUCUCCUUCUUGGUCCUGCUCACUCUGGAUGAUGACUUGGAUUCUGUGCGGCGAGACAAGAUUCCUGUGUUCUGAACCAUAGCAUUUUUCUUUUGAUGCUGCCACUGAUAUACAUUGUGUUGUUAGUUGAAGCACAGCAUCUAAAGUGCAUUGGAAAGAAACUUGCUUGAAUAACUAGCAACUAGAAAAAUGUGAAGAAAGCAAAACAAAUCCCAACACUAGCUGAAUCAGGUUUACGAUUAAUAUAGAGCACAAAAGAAAUAAUCUGAACAUUUUGGGUGUUUGCCAAUCAUCUUGAACUAUUUUCAAGAAUUCAUGCAAGAGAUAAGGUUUAUCCUAAAUAUCUUACUUGGUUCUCCAUUGUGGAUUUUCUUCCAGGUACUUCAUUUGUGCAGCAUUUUAAUCAUAAUUACUUUAUAUUGCUAAACAUCACACAGGUUAACAAGAACUCUUUAGCCAGAAUUCACGAAGGCAGUUACAAAUGCACAACCUAAAGUUACACUUUCAUUACUUGUUUAUAUUCAUCAUCCAUAUAUAUUUUCUGUCUUUGUAUCCUAGUCCCUGGAACUGCAGAAAACAAACUGGCUCCAUCUUCAAUAUUACAUCCUUUCAAAUAUUUAAACAUGGCUAUCAUGUCACCUCUUAACCUUCUCUUCGCCAGACUAAACACUCCCAACUCUCUAAGCUGCCCCUCCUUGAACAUGGUUUCCAGGCCCUUUACCAUUUUGAUCCUCCUCCUCCAGAAAUGUUUCAGCUUAUCAAUAUCCUACUUGUGGGACCCAGAACUGGACCCAGUAUUCCAUGUGAGGCUCAACCAAAGCAGAAUAGAAACGUACGAUUACCUUCCUCAGUCUAGACACUGUACUUUGAGAAUCAUGUUGCCUUUUUUAGCUGCCACAUCACAGUUGACUCAUGAUCAGCUUGUAGUUUACUAAUACUUCUAGAUCCCCACUGUCGUUAGAUGUUACUGUUCCUAUAUUACUGCAGUUCAUUUUUUACUUCCUAAGUGUACUACCCUCCAUGUCUCUUGGUUGAAAUUAAUUUUGUUAGUCUAUCCAGCUCUUUAAAUUCAGUUAAGAUCAUUUUGAAUGCUGUUCCAGUCAUCUGCAGCACUAGUCACCCCAUCUAAUUUGAUGGCACCUGCAAAUUUGAUAAUCAUGCCCUUUGUUCCAUCACCCAAGUCAUUGACAAAUAUGUUGCAUAACACUGCACUCAGCACACACCCAGCAGCACCGCAUUGGUCACUUUUCUCCAGGAUGAAGAGGAGCCAUGUGUAAGCACACUUCCAGCUCAGUUCAGUUAACCAGUUCCCAAUCCACUGUUGAGUCCACAUUUUACUAACUUCUUUGCAAGAAUACAUUCAGUAGGAGAAAGAUGUACAAAUUAAGGUUGAGAUUUUCAAUCUUUUAUACCUACAUGUAACUAAGUAAUUUAUCCUGUCCCAAUCUCAACCCAGCCUUAGUAAGCAGUAGCUGCCGUGAGUGAUUGAGAUUUUUUUCUAGUCUGUUACUAGGGACUCAGCAGACAGACAAGUUGCUUACCUGUAACUGUGUUUCUUCGAAUGUUAGUCUGUGAAAUUCGCACAUAUGGGUUAAUUUCUGCGCAUGCGCAGCUUUUCGGAACCUUCUAGAUCUCAAAUUUGAAACUUUUUCGGCGGAGGCCCCGCCCAAGCUCCCCAAUAGUAUAAAUGCCCAGAGGCGGGGACUACGCCCCCAGUUCUGUAGCCGCCAGCAGCAGCUACAAGAGUGAAGCAUGAACAUCGCGGGGAGGAUGGGCGGGGAUGUGCGAAUUUCACAGACUAACAUUCGAAGAAACACAGUUACAGGUAAGCAACUUGUCUUUCUUCGUCAUGUAGUCUGUGAAAUCGCACAUAUGGGUGAAUAGCAAGCUACUAACCUUGGAGGCGGGUUCAUGCGAGGCACGAUGACAGCACUGCUCUGCCAAAAGCCGCAUCUCUCCUGGCCACUGCGUCUAGUUUGUAGUGGGCGGUGAAAGUCAGUGGAGUGGACCAAGUCGCCGCCCGGCAGAUGUCAUCAACUGGAAUGCCUCUGAGGAAUGCCUGCGAGGUCGCUACAGCCCUAGUGGAAUGCGCCAGGACUUGUGAUGGGGGGUCCUUGCCCGCCAACUGGUAGGCCAAUCUAAUUGUCGAUACGAUCCAGGAGGACAUUCUUUGUGUGGAGACUGGCAUCCCUAGUGCAUCUUUCCUGUAUUUGAGGAAGAGCUUUACAGAUUUUCUGUGUGGGGCUGUUCUAUUGGUAUAGAACGCCAGGGCUCGUCUCACAUCUAGGGAUUGAAGGGCCACUUCCAGGGGAGAGGUCGGGUUCUGAAAAAAGGCUGGCAGUGAGAUAUCCUGAGAAAGGUGGAAGCUGGAGACUACUUUGGGGAGGAACUUGAUGUCCGGGCGUAAGGUAACUUUCUCUUUGUGAAAUCGAAGAUAUGGUGGGUCCGACCUCAGUGCGCAGAUUUCACUCACACGUCUCGCUGAAGUAAUGGCCACCAGGAAAGCAGUUUUCCACGACAGAUGGGAUAAGUCACAUGUGGCCAUAGGUUCAAAAGGGGGUUUAGACAAUUGGGAUAGCACUAGCUCCAGACUCCAUGCUGGACAGGGUGGCGAAGCUGGGGGAUGCAAAUUCGUGAAGCCUUUGAGGAAUAGUCUGACCAGUGGGUCAUGGAAGCAGGAGGGUGACCCUUUUUUCCUCCUAUGCCAGGAUAUCGCAGCCAGGUAAGUCUUGAGGGAUGAGAGUGAGAGGCCUGCAGAUGACAAGUGGACCAGGAAGUCUAAGAUUACCGGAAUGGGAGCUGAAUAUGGGUCCAGGCCCUGAGGUCCAAGAAAUUUGGCGAAGCGGGCCCAUUUGUAUUGGUAAGCUUUUCUAGUCGAUGUCUUCUGGGCUGCCUCGAUUAUGGCUCUGACUGCCCCUGACAGCAUGACGGGGGGCGGAGCCUCCACGCUGUUAGGUGCAGCGAGGCCAGGUCCGGAUGGUAAACCUGGCCGCCUUGGACAGAUAGUAGGUCUGGUCUGCGGCUUAGGUAGAUGUAGUCCCCUUGUGCUGCGUGGAGGAGCACUGUGAACCAGUGCUGCCGCGGCCACCAAGGGGUCACCAGAAUGCAGUUUGCUUUGUCCGAUAAAGCUUUCGCCACUGCCUUUGGGAUCAUCGGUAUUGGUGGGAACGCAUAAAGGAGGCCUUGAUUCCAUGUGAGCAUGAAUGCGUCCCCCAUGCAUCCCGGAGUCGUUCCCGGGCGAAGUCUGGCACAGAACAUGGCGCAUUGCGCAUUUGUUGGUGACGCGAAUAAGUCCACCGAUGGUUGGCCCCAGCGGCAGACCAGAUGUUGGAAUUCUUCCUGAUGGAGUCACCACUCGUGGAUCGAUGCGGUGGUUCUGCUGAGGGCAUCAGCUAGGGAGUUUUCUUCUCCUGGGAGGUAAAUGGCUGUUAGAAGAGUGCGCCUGUGGAUACACCACUCCCAGAUUUUGGACGCGAGCUGAAGGAGGCUCCAUGAGUGUGUUCCCCCUGUUUGUUGAUAUAACACUUCACCGUCGUAUUGUCCGUUAGUAGUUGGACAACCUUGCAGCGCAGGGGGCCCUCGAAGGCUCGCAGGGCUUUCCGAACUGCUAGGAGUUCGAGGAAGUUGAUGUGAUGACUCCUUUCGUCUACUGACCACUUCCCGCAUACCUUCAGGCCCUGCAGGUGCGCACCCCAGCCUUGUAGUGACGCAUCCGUUGUCAGCCACCGGGAUGGACGGGGCUGUGUAAAGGGCAUUCCCGCGCAUGCAUUCUGUCUCUUUGUCCACCACCGUAGCGAGUGAAGCACUUUGGCUGGGAGACGUAGCCAGAUGUCUUGGCUGUCGGUGGCGGGAUUGAAAUUUUUGAGGAGCCAGAAUUGUAGGGGCCGCAUUCGUAGUCUUGCAAACUGGGUUACGGCGGUAGUGGAUGCCAUGUGGCCGAGAAGGGAUUGAAUUUCCCAUGCUGAAGCAAAGCCACGCGCCUGGAGAUUCAUGAUGGCAGACCGGAUAGUGCGGAAACGGUCCUCUGGUAGGGACGCCCGCUGAGUGGUGGAAUCUAUGUCUGCUCCGAUGAAGUGAAUACGUCGUGUCGGAGUUAGAAUUGAUUUUUCUACGUUCACCAUGAGUCCCAGGUCCUGGAGGAGAGAUAGAGUGAGGGAUACGUCAGCCUCCAACUGCGACCUCGAUAUUGAUGUCAGAAGCCAAUCAUCGAGAUAAGGGAAUAUUGAUACUCCCUUACGGCGAAGAUAAGCCGCCACUACCGCCAUGCAUUUGGUAAAUACACGGGGAGCCGUUGAGAGGCCAAAUGGGAGAACAUUAAAAGAGAAAAAUUCCUUCCCUAUGGCGAAACUAAGAAAUCUGCGAUGGUCCUUGCGAACAGAUAAGUGAAAGUAAGCGUCCCUGAGAUCGAUCGUCACAAACCAUGCCCUGCGUCUCAAUAGAGGGAUGAUACUGGAUAGGGUAACCAUCCAGAAUUUUUGAGGCUUGAUAUAGAGAUUAACCUCCCUCAAAUCCAGAAUGGGUCGGAGGCCCCCACCUCGUUUAGGAAUCAAAAAAUAUCUGGAAAAAAAGCAUCUUGCUGCUUUGGAAGGGUGAAGUCUGGAAAUAGCUCCCUUGGCUAAAAGGGCUGUUAUUUCUUCUUGUAGUAAUGCCAAGGGUGUAGUAACUCGAACAUGCCCCACCGGAGGGAGCGUCUGAAACUCGAUGGCGUAGCCCUUCUCAAUAAUACUAAGCACCCAACGGUCUGUGGUUAUCCUUUUCCACAUUUGGUAAAAGGGAGACAGACAGUCUUGAAAGGCCCCUAAGGGCAACGGUCGGUUGGUAGGCUCGAACGGCGGCCUGGCUUUAGCAGAAGAAGUAGAUUCAACGGAGUCAGCAUAAGAACUAGACUCAACAGAGUCUUUUAACAAAACUUGAACAUCAGAAGAACUAGAACUUGGAGAACUUGGGGGGCUGCUUCUAGCGAUUGGGCUAGAAGCGGCGUCUUUAUCUAUCUCCAUGUUUACCUCCUCCCCGCUGUUGAUUCCUAUAGUGGGUUGGAGGUCUCCUUGUCGUGGUAGGCUGAGGGUUGGGGCGCUGUCGUCCUCGAAACGCAGGUGAGUUAGGUCCACGGCGGUUGUAUUGGUAGCGUGCUGGCCAGUAUGGUCUAUGGUACUGGGAAAGGUAGGGAGAAAAACCGUAUUUGUGAGCAGUUUGUCGCAUUUUUUGAGUAUGCUCAAGCUGGGAAUCCGUUUCCGGAUUAAAUAAGCCUGCCUCCUCCAUGGGCAGGUCCUCUAUCACAGUACGGGCCGACUGGGAGAGGCCUGAGGCCCUCAGCCAAGCAUGACGGCGUAGAGCUACUGCGCCUGCCAGUAGUUUGCCAGCGGAGUCAGCCAUGUGUUUUGCAAGUUCUUUUUGAAACACGGCCAGGGUGGAGGCUUCUUGGUGGAAAGCUCUUGCUAGAGCUUGUUCGUUUGGGGGGAGGAGGUCGAUGUAUGUGCUCAUUUUAUCCCACAGAUAACUUUGAUAGCCAGCCAUAUAUGCUGCAUAGUGCGCCAUCCUCGUAGAAAGGCAGGCUGAGGAAUAGAUCUUCUUCCCCAUUCCUUCCAGUUUUUUUCCUUCUUUAUCUGACGGAGUUGCCUGGGACCUUUGGCCAGGUUUAGCUUGGCUGACGUUUACCACAAUAGAGUUUGGUUUUGGUUGCCCCGCUAGCCAUGGAGCAGACGAAAGAUCAAUUUUGUAAAUAUUUUCUGCUCUUCUUGGGGUAGCUGGGACUGAAGCUGGAGCUACACCUGACGCCUUACUCAGUUGGAGCAGAAACGGGAGCGAAGGUAAGACUGUCGUAGGUGGGUCCUGUUGCUGGGAGGAGGGGAACAUGGGAUCGUCAACUACCUUGGCUGGUUGAGGGACCAACAGUUUCAGGGCCCGCGCCAGCCUAAUCAUCAGGGCAGAAAAGCUCUUCAACUCUUCCGGUAAUGUGGCCUCGAUGUCUGUAGGAGGAUCCGCAGAAGAAGGAAGGUCUUCCUCUCCUGACGGUACCGAGAGAUGGUCACCUUCGUCAACAGGGCCCGCUUCAAGGUCAUCAGCAGCCUCCGCUGCUACUGUGGCCUGCACUGGAUGCCUCGGUACCGAGGCGUCGGGAUCGCCUCCCGAGCCUCCCGGUCUUGUUUCUGGCUGCAGAGAGGCUGAGGGGGCGCGGCCGCGCUUUGGAGCUGCAAGCGGCCGAGGGAGUGCCUGUCUCCGGGAGGUGGCGUCUUGGUAUUGCGUCAGGGGCGCAGGGGCGUGGCUUCCGCUUGGCGCCGCCCCUCCGCAACAAUCAAAAUGGCGGCAGUAGCCAAAACCCAUAGGAGGAGGAGGGGCAUACUUGUAAUGGCCAUAGUCGUAGACAUAAAAUGGCGGACGUCUGCCUGGAGAUCCCGGAUUGGAGUAAGAAGAGGCAGCGGCAGGGCUUCGGGACCGAGAGCUCCAGGAAGAAAUUGAAGGUGAGUGGCGACGGUGAUGGGAGGUAGCAUGGGAGUCCCUGUCACGUGGCCGCCCUCUAGCCGCAUCUCCUGAGGCUCUAGCUACUUCCAUCGAACUCAUGGCCAGAGGCUGGGGGGAAGCGGAUCCCCAGGGUUCUCCUCUUCCCGUUUCAGCGGGGGGAAUAGCCUCAGGAGUAAGGGACGGCAGAGCCGAAUCCAGAGCUGCUUGAGACUCGAGCCGCACAGCCAACGGAGAAAUUUGCGUUAACGCCGGCGGGCUGUCUGGGGCGUCAUCUUGAGAGGAGCGAGUUUGGGUAAUCGCUCUACUAGGCGAGCUUUGGUUUAAGUGGGGACUUGGGGGCUUAGCGCCGGCAAGUUGCCCCUUUUUCUUGGAUUUCUUUUGGCUUUCCUUCAGUUUGGAUCCCGCAGGGCCAUGCUUAGAUGAUUUAGCCCUCUUCGGGGCUGACGGGAUCUGCUCCUCCGCGCCUUCACCGACGUGCGGUGGCGGGGUUAGUUUGGGGGAGGAAUGUUCCUCUCGUCCCUCCGCGGGAGAGGCCCCGGGCGCUUCCGACGCUGCACGCUUUAGCGGCUGGGGCGUCUCAGGGGCUAGAGCCCGCUCAUAAAGUAGCGCCUUGAGGCGGGAUUCUCUGUUCCUCCGGGCUUGGGGGGUGAAGGCUAGUCAAAUUUUGCAAGACUGGGGUAGGUGACUUUCCCCCAGGCAGAGCAGGCACAUAGAGUGGCCGUCUGCGUCGGGGAGCUUUCCCCCGCAGGCCGCACAUUUUUUAAAGAAAGAGGUGGUACUCAUGGUGGAAGAACUGGCCUGCGAUCCAGGGACGGGACGAGACGUAGUCAGGCGGUCCGGGUCAGGUAGGUAACUGUCGAUUGAUAGAGUAGUCAGACGGUCCGAAUCAAAGCCAAAAGGUAUUAGGGAGUCCAAGAGUAGUCAACUGUCCGAGUCAAAAACCGUUAGAAAUGGCGGAACGAACACUAGAAGGAACCAAAAAGCUGCUGCUGAGCUGCGGAAAAAGGAACUGGGGGCGUAGUCCCCGCCUCCGGGCAUUUAUACUAUUGGGGAGCUUGGGCGGGGCCUCCGCUGAAAAAGUUUCAAAUUUGAGAUCUAGAAGGUUCCGAAAAGCUGCGCAUGCGCAGGAAUUAACCCAUAUGUGCGAUUUCACAGACUACAUGACGAAGAAAGACAUUUCCAGUCCCAUCCUACUAACAAUCUCCAAUGCAGAUGUCAUGGUUGAACAUUGCACCACAGCAUGCUGCUGGGAAGGUGUGGAAAAGAUGACGGAGACAGGCUGACAUUGCUCACAGUGGCUGAUUACUUGUAAGGCGGGACUGGAGAAAUUUUGCAAUUGUUACAUAUACCCUGCAUUAUCACCAUUAAUAAGUAGAAAUAGUAUAAUAAUUAUGGCUGCAUAGAUCAAGCAUUUGUAACUGUGGUCAGCAAUUCUAACCUAAAUAGAUAAAAGAAGGUGAAUUCGCACUAAAGUAUUGGUAUUGGUUUUCCACUCAAUAGCUGAGGUAAUGGAAAUAUUGCAGUGCUGUGAUGCCAAGUCAUUUAAUCAUUACCAGACUCUCUUGCAUGUUGCUAUUGGUAACCUCUUGUGAAUCCAAAGAUCCGGGGGGGGGGGGGGGGGAGAUUCUGAAGUGUGACGCUGUUUCAUUCCUGACUGCUUUAUUGUUUAAACACCAAGGGUGUAGCAAGGCACUGUGUGUCUUUCUGAAUAAAAGUGUGUUUUGCUGUUAUUAA